AUGCGGGUUCUCGAGCAAAAGAAACGGCCUUUCCUGGCUGCCGAGCUGGGACAGGAGGGCACGCUGGACGUGCGGGGGGAGCUUUUUGCCAGAGCUAAAGGAUUAGCCCCCUCGCCCGGCAGCAGCAGUAGACCCAGAAACUGCAUCCGUGGAGCCACCACUAAGGGGAGAUGGUGGGAGAUACCGAGUGCUGCGGGUUCGAAUUCUGGGUGCCUCCCCUUGCAGGAAAACCAGGACCCGCUGAGCUACUUCCACAUGGAGACCCUGGUGAUGACCACGCACAACCUGUUCUUCGUGGGCACGGAGACCGUCAGCACCACCCUGCGCUACGGCUUCCUGCUCCUCAUGAAGUACCCGGAGAUCCAGGCCAAAGUCCACGCUGAGAUCGACCAGGUGAUCGGGCGGCACCGCAGCCCAUCGGUAGAGGACCGGAGCCGCAUGCCCUACACCGACGCCGUGAUCCACGAGGUGCAGCGCUUUGGCGACGUGGUCCCCAUGGGGCUCCCACACGCGGUGACCCGGGACACCCACUUUAGGGGUUUCCUGCUUCCAGAGGGCACCAAUGUGCUCCCGCUGCUGUUCUCUGUCCACAACGACCCCGCCCAGUUCAAAGACCCGGCCACAUUCGACCCGGCCCAUUUCCUGGACCCGAGCGGAGGCUUCCGGAAGCAUGAUGCCUUCAUGGCCUUCUCCGCAGGGAAGCGGGUGUGCCUGGGCGAGGCCAUGGCCCGCAUGGAGCUCUUCCUCUUGUUCACCACCGUCCUGCAGCGCUUCACCCUCACGCCCCUCGUCCGCCCGGAGGACAUCGACAUCUCGCCCCUGAUGAGCGGCCUGGGGAACAUGCCGCACCCCUACGAGUUCCGGGCCGUCCCUCGCUGAGCGAGCCGCCGCCCCAUCCCGCCUCCGCUGCCCCUUUCACGGCCUCGUGCCCUGCAGCCUUUGCACGCCGGAGACGAGUCCGCAGGCCUGGUCGCUGGCAGCGUCUCCGGCUCCGGAGAUUUUACGGUGCCGCCUGGCCGUCUCCUCUCUUUUUAAAGUCCCCAGCUCCAGAUUCGUGAGCUUAGUUCAAGUUUUCAUUACAAUCAAACGCAAAUAAAAAUUGUCCAGCUCUGGGGGUGACAGAGAACAGUUUAGAAACUUGAUUCGAGUAAAGAAACCAGAAGCAAAUCAAACGAACCCAAAUCCCAGCCAAUCCCGCCGAUCUACCCCGAGGGCGUCCCGUGGUGGCCCAUAUCGAGCCCCUCUUUGACCGGCUGCUGCUUUUCUGGUCGGACCGACGCAAUCCCCACGAGGUGAAGCUGGCCUACACCACGAGGUCCGUGCCCCCCGGCUGGGGGGAGCUGGGAACGGGGGGGCGGGGACUGGCUCCCACCAUCCAGGGCAGGCCUGUGCUUUUGGGGGGGAGGGCAGAGCUGUGGCUGAUUUGCACACAAUUUGCAUACCUCCAAUGUUCGUCCAAUCCCUGCGUCUGAUGGAUCGGGCCCUGGACUAAAGGUGAGAGUGGGGUGGAGGGGAGGCUGGGAGCCCGGACGCCUG